AUGCGCCUCGAGCCUGCAAAACCACUCACUAGCCCCCACAGCGUGAGAGCCACGGCCAUGCAGUCAGCUGCGGCAAAUCGGAUAGGGCAGGCAAAUUUCACAGGCGCCGAGCUCGGCACGGUCCUCGUGGGCUCCCAGCACGGCCUUCUGGAGCUGGGGGACUCGGUGACAAGAGAAGUUUCCUUGACUGCGGAGGGUUUCAUGCCCGAGGAUGGAAGUGGCUGCAUCGUGGGUGUUGAAGAUCUUCCAGAGCAGGAGUGCGUGUGUGUUGCUACAGCGGCUGGAGACAUCCUACUGUGCAAUUUCAGCACGAAGCAGGUGGAAUGUGUUGGAAGUGUGGACAGUGGUCUGAGUACCAUGAGCUGGAGUCCUGACCAAGAGCUUGUUUUGCUUGCAACAGGUCAGCAAACACUCAUCAUGAUGACAAGGGAUUUUGAACCGAUUACUGAGAAGCAAAUGCACCAAGAUGAGUUUGGGGAAGGAAAGUUUGUUGCUCUUGGCUGGGGUAAAAAGGAGACGCAGUUCCAUGGAUCAGAGGGAAAACAGGCAGCACAUCGCAAACAGACGGAAGUGUUACCUACGUCAGCCUGGGAUGACGGCAGGCCUCGGGUGACGUGGAGAGGAGAUGGGCAGUUUGUUGCAGUGAGUGCUGUCUGUCCGGAGACAGGUGCUCGGAAGGUCCGAGUAUGGAACAGAGAGCUUGUGCUGCAGUCAACAAGUGAGCCUAUCUCAGGAUUAGAACAAGCACUGUCCUGGAAGCCCUCUGGAAAUGUGAUAGCAUCCACACAAGAAAAACCCAACAGACAUGAUGUUGUUUUCUUGGAGAAGAAUGGACUUCUUCAUGGAGAGUUCACCCUCCCAUUUCAGAAAGGGCAGUUCAAAGUUAAUGAACUGCUUUGGAAUGCAGAUUCUACUAUCCUGGCUGUAUGGCUGGAAGACCUGAAGGUGGAAAACUCCAACCCAAACAGUUACGUUCAGCUCUGGACCACAGGGAACUAUCACUGGUACCUGAAGCAAAGUCUGCAUUUUGGUAGCUUGGAGGAAAAUCAGUUGGUGUCACUGCUGUGGGACCGAGAGAACCCGUAUAGACUGCAUGUACUCUGCCAGGGUUGGCAUUACCUCUCCUAUGACUGGCAUUGGACCACAGACCAUGGGAUGGGGGAGAAUAGCCAGCAUGUGGCAAAUGUGGCUGUCAUAGAUGGAGAUAAAGUGCUUGUCACAGCAUUCCAGCAUGCUGUGGUGCCUCCACCCAUGUGUACAUAUGAGCUCCAGCUCCAACAAGCCGUUAAUCAGGUUGCAUUUCACACAGAUCCCAAAUAUAGUGGAGACAUGGCUCUCCUGGAUGCUGAUAACAAGAUCUCUGUGUACAGAUAUGGACGGAGCACAAUGAAUGACCCCACUGUCAGAUUUGGAGCCGUGGGUGGAAAUGGGUUUAAAACAGCUGUGGAAACACCAUACCUGGAUAAAACCUACAGGGUUGAUGUGGGCAGCGGCAACAAUGAAGUGAUGAAUCCUCUGGGGCUCCGAUUUCUCACCUGGCUGCCAGAUGACAGCUUCCUGGUGGUUGGUCAGGGUCAGCAUGCUGCUCAGUCUGUCCUUCACCACCUGACUGCAGUGCCUCAUGUGGCUGGGGCUGAAGAGCGCCUGAAAUUACGAUUGUCUGUGCCUGUAGAUGGAGAAGUGAUCAGCCUGUGCUGCAGCCCAGUGACCAAAACUGUAGCUCUGCAGCUGGCUGAUAGACAGAUCCUGAAAUACCUUUGGGAAGCUUCUACUCCGGUCCUUGAGCCCUGGCAGACUAGCAGUGGCUCUGCUGUUCGGUUCCCCUACCCUUGUGUGCAGACUUCUAUCACAAGGAUCAGUGGUGAAGAGGUGAUCUUGGGCCUUACAGAUCGAUGCCGGUUUUUUGUUAAUGAUACUGAGGUGGCUUCCAACAUCACCUCAUUUGCAACAUACAAUGAGUUUUUGUUGGCGACAACCAAUUCCCACACCUGUCAGUGCUUCUGCUUGAAGAACAUAUCCGUGAAAGCCCUUCAGGCUGGCCUGAGCAGUGCUGCUGCACCCAACAGUGAGACCCUGCGCAAAGUGGAGAGAGGUUCACGUAUCAUCACUGUUGUGCCCCAGGACAUGAAGGUUGUGCUGCAGAUGCCGAGAGGAAAUCUGGAGACUGUUCACCACCGAGCUCUGGUUCUUGCCCAGAUUCGGAAGUGGCUAGACAGGCUUAUGUUCCGGGAAGCUUUUCUGUGUAUGAGGAAGCUGCGAAUCAACCUCAAUCUUCUCUAUGACCACAAUCCCAAGGUAUUUCUGGAAAACGCAGAAACCUUUAUCAGGCAAAUAGAUUCUGUGAACUAUAUCAACUUGUUUCUCACAGAACUGAAAGAAGAAGAUUUCACGGAGAGUAUGUACCCGUCUCUGAAUGGUAGCAGUCCUGCUCAACUACACCAGCAUGCUGAUCAGAAAAAAGUGAACCUCAUAUGUGAUGUGAUGAGAGUUGCCAUGGAACACAUUGACCCUCAAAAAUACUGCCUAUCAAUACUGACAGCACACGUAAAGAAAAGUCCUCCAGAAAUGGAAAUUGCUCUCCAGAAGGUUCAUGAUCUUCGAGAAAGCAUUACUCCAGGUGUCAAAGCUGUGAGUGCAGAAGAAGCACUGAAGUACCUGCUUUUCCUUGUGGAUGUCAAUGAAUUGUAUGAUUAUUCCUUGGGGACAUAUGACUUUGAUUUAGUCGUCAUGGUGGCAGAGAAGUCUCAAAAGGACCCAAAAGAAUACUUGCCCUUCUUAAAUACCCUCCAGAAAAUGGAAAGCAAUUAUCAGCGGUAUACAAUAGACAGACACUUGAAGAGAUACACAAAAGCUCUUGGACACCUCAGCAAAUGUGGUCCUGAACACUUCUCUGAAUUUCUGAACUUGGUGAAGGAUCAGAAUCAGUAUCGUGAAGCCUUGAAGCUGUACCCCUCUACCACUCAGGAGUAUAAG